GGCAAACCAUAAUAUUCAAAAUUCCAAUCCUGCCCCCAAACAUUUUUUUGGAACUAAAAUUCGAAGACGAUUGCUUGUUUGUAGCAACAUUCCUCUAAGAUUCAAUUCAAUUAGGUUAAAUUUUGAUUGGGAUUUCAAAACGAUCGGAUUCAAUUGGGGAUAUAUUCUGCAUUUGGAUAAUCAAUUGCGAUUGCAUUUUGAUCGAUCAAAGGAUCAUAUGGAGAAAGACAAGAUUACAGAAGAAGAAGAAGAAACAGACGCAGUUGAGAUGGUUCUGUUUCAAGUCUCGGAAUGCUAUGUUUACGUGAUACCUCCACGGAAAUCUGUAGCUUCUUACAGGGCUGAUGAAUGGGAUGUCAAUAAAUGGACAUGGGAAGGUAAUUUGAAAGUUAUUAGUAAAGGAGAAGAAUGCAUUAUCCGGUUGGAUGACAAGACAACAGGUGAGCUGUAUGCUCGGGCAUUUUUGAGAGAAGGGGAGCUGCAUCCUGUUGAGGCUGUUAUUGAUAGCAGCAGAUAUUUCGUUCUUCGUAUUGAAGAGAAUAUUGAUGGGCGCCUUCGCCAUGCUUUCAUUGGUAUAGGAUUUCGAGAAAGAUCAGAAGCAUAUGACUUCCAAGCUGCUCUUCAUGACCAUAUGAAGUAUCUGAAUAAGAAGAAAACUGCAGAAGAGAUGGAGCACCAAUACCAGCAUUCUUCAGUAGAUUAUAGUUUGAAGGAUGGGGAGACUUUAGUGCUUCAGCUCAAGAAAAAAGAAGGUGGCAGCAAAAGAUCCAAGUUUUUCGAGCAGAAAUUGAGUAAUCUCAUUUUGGACGAUAAGGGUAAAAACAAAGAAGGUGCAGUAAGUAUCAAAUUGCUCCCUCCUCCUACCCCACCCGUCUCACCCGUUGAUACUUCGGAGAAGUCUCCGUUAGGCAUUACCCCGAGAGUUAGCCCUGGAAAAACUCUUGAGAACGAGAAAUCAUCUGGAGUGAGAGAACAUCAAGAAGGAGAAGCAAAAGCCACCAAGAAGAAAGAACAACACAAUGCACCGGAUGAUGAUUUUGGGGAUUUUCAAGCAGCCAGGUAGUGGGGAUGCUAAGAGAGGUUUGCUUGUACUUGAAUAAUACCAAUCCUUGUUCUUUACGUUUAACUUGGUUAUCGGAGCUUCGUCCAGCUAAUCCUCAGAGAGCACGAUCUUUGCGGUGUGGAAGUCUUUUUGUGUUGUGAAUAUUCGUUUGUCUUUAUCAAACUGGUGCAGUUUAUAUAUUGCUUUUAGCUUCUCUUACUAA